AUGUCGACAGAAAACCUGAUCCGCAUCACCGUCUUCGCAAAUCGAAAUCCCAAGAUCUCAGAAGAUGAGUACCACAAGCACUGGGCCGAGAAGCACGCACCACUCGUCGCAUCGUGGUUGCAACGGCACGGCGUUGUGAAGUACACCCAAUACCACACCACAACUGCCCACAAGAACCUGACCAGCCAGCAAACCCUGUCAUAUGACGGCAUGGCCGACUUUUACGUGAAGAAUUACGAGGACUUCGAGAGGGCUUACGAUGAUUUGUUUUACAAGGAUGUAGUAAAGCCGGACGAGGAGUAUCUGUUUGACAUUCAGAAUAUGCGGGUCAUGGUCGGGACAGAGGCCUGUGUGGUUGAAGAGGGCAGGAUUGUAGGAGGCAGGAGUCCGACAUCGUAA